UCGGCAGCCUUGGACCUGUUCCCACCCUCGGGACUUUUGGAUUAAUUUUCGUGAGGAUUUUUGCAAUCUUUUUUUUCUUCUCGCCUUUUUCUUGGGAAGGGAAGUCCCACUGCCUUUGGAAGACCUUGGACGUUUCUGAUCGCCCGGGAAGGUAUUUUUCCUCUUGACUCGGAUCUGGACGCAUAUUUUUGCCCUUGGGGAUCUUCCGUGAGGGUCCGCUGUGGAGUGUGACUGCACCAUGACGCUGGAAGAGCUGGUGGCGAGCAACAACGCGGCUCAGAAGAUGCAGGCGGUGACCGCCGCGGUGGAGCAGCUGCUGGUGGCCGCGCAGCGUCAGGAUCGCCUCACCGUGGGGGUGUACGAGGCGGCCAAACUGAUGAAUGUGGACCCUGACAGCGUGGUCUUGUGCCUCCUCGCCAUAGAUGAAGAGGAGGAGGAUGACAUCGCCUUGCAGAUCCACUUCACCCUGAUCCAGUCGUUCUGCUGUGACAAUGACAUUGACAUCGUCAGGGUAUCCGGCAUGCAGAGGCUGGCGCAGCUCCUGGGGGAACCGGCAGAGACACUGGGCACCACUGAGGCCCGAGACCUGCACUGUCUUCUGGUCACGAACUGUCACACAGAUACCUGGAAAAGCCAAGGCUUGGUGGAGGUGGCCAGUUAUUGUGAAGAGAGCAGGGGAAAUAACCAAUGGGUCCCCUAUAUCUCUUUAGAAGAACGCUGAGGCCCUCUCCAAACAUCUAAAGCAGCUGUUGAGUUGCUGUCCCCUAAAAAAAGUUAAAUAAAAUACAUAUUUGACUUCCCCUCAUCCCCAAGAACAAUCCCUCAAAAGCCUCCCUACCCGUGAGACCUUCCGGGAGGGGCGGAGUCACUGACACCGAGAGGAGAGGGGGAGUGUGCGCCUGCCCGCCCAGGGGCGGUGGAACCCGGAGCAGCACCACAGGUGGUCGCCGAGACAGGAAGGAGGGGAGCCCGGGCCGGAAGAGAUGGAACCUUGGAGUCCAGGCCUGGGAAUCUUGCAGCCCAGCCUCUGCACGCAGCCUCAGCCAGGAGCGCGGAGGGUCUGGAUUCGACACCAUAGGGUCGGCGAGGUGUCCGACCCUGCAGGACAGUGAACUGUGCACAACGGAGAGCGGCGACCGUCGCCGCGGGAGCCCGGACGAGCCCGGGACUCUGCUACUCUGAUACAAAUCUAUUUUGUUAUUGUGCUGAGCAAGACAGGUCGCUUGCUUGCUUAUUCUUUUUUAAAGUUUCUAGUACAGAGACUGUCAAAUAAACUUGUUAAGCCUC